AUGAAACAAAGUCAAGUUCAACCAAAUCCCAAAUCUCAAGUUCAACAAUUUCCACAACCUCAAGUUCAAAAACAACAGAAACUCAAGUUAAAACACGCCACAAACUCAAGUUCAACAAAGACACAAACUCAAGUUCAAAAACACCACAAACCCAAGUUCAACCAACACCCAAAUCUCAAGUUUAACAAUUGCCACAAACCUAAGUUCAAAAACACCACAAACUCAAGUUCAAACAUGACAAAAACUCAAGUUCAAAAAACACACAAACUCAAGUUCAACAAACAACAAGAACUCAAGAUCAAACACGACACAAACUCAAGUUCAACCAACACCCAAAUCUUAACAAUUGCCACAAGUUUAACAAUUGCCACAACCUCAAGUUCAAAAACAACAGAAACUCAAGUUCAAACACACAAACUCAAGUUCAAAAACUCAAGUUCAGCCAAUACCCAAUUCUCAAGUUUAACAAUUUCCACAACCUCAAGUUCAAAAGCAACACAGACUCAAGUUCAAAAACACCACAAACUCAAGUUCAAACACGAAACAAACUCAAGUUCAACAAACCCCUCAAACUCAAGUUCAAUCACGACACAUGCUCAAGUUCAACAAACCCCACAAACUCAAGUUCAACAACUGCCACCAAGUAAAGUUCACUAA